CCCAAGCCUGAAUUUUACCCGGCCCACUUUUCUCUCUGACGACUCUCUCUCUCUCUCUCUCUCUCUCUCUUCAUGGCAGCUUCGGCCUCCGGGAGUCAUCUGAGGGAGGCGUAGGAUCCCGGUUGGUUCUUCGCAUGCAAGAGCGUAAGUGAGUUUUUGGAACCGAGUUUUUUUCUCCCAAUCUCAGUUGAUGCAAAUUGGAAAAAUGGGCUUGCCGCAAUUCGCACGACCUAAGGGACAGGAUGGAGAGUCAAGUCCUAACCUUUACGUGGCCAACUGUGGGCCCGCUGUGGGACAUUCUUUUGACACUGUUGCAUCAGUGUUCAGUUCCUUUGGAGAAGUGAAAGGAGUCUAUGCAGCUGAUGAAAGUGGUGCUCGUGUCAUUGUUUCUUACAUCGAGGAGAGUUCUGCUCAAGAAGCUUUAAAGGCUUUAAAUCGACGUCCUUGUCCUGAUCUUGGAGGCCGUUUCUUGCACAUCCAGUAUUCAAUACAUCAAGCUCCUAAACAGGUUCAUAUGAAUAAUUCAAAUCCAGUAGCUUUGGUAGCUUCAGAAGCGAAUAUUCCAGGCCUUUACUUGUGGCAUGACUUUAUCACUGCAACAGAAGAAGAGGAAUUGCUGGCAGAAGUUGAUGAUAGGCCUUGGAAAAGUCUAGCGAAAAGAAGAGUUCAGCACUAUGGCUAUGAGUUUUUAUAUGAAACAAGGAACGUUGAUACAAGGCAACACAUGGGUGAACUUCCAUCCUUUGUUUCUCCCGUACUUGAAAGAAUCUCAUCGAUUUCAGAUGUCGAUGGUGCUGCAAACAUGGAUCUAGACCAACUCACGGUUAAUGAGUACCCAUCUGGGGUUGGCUUGUCCCCACAUAUAGACACCCAUUCAGCAUUUGAGGGAUCAAUUUUCAGCCUUUCUUUAGCAGGGCCUUGUAUCAUGGAGUUCAGGAGGUAUUCGGAAGGUGUUUUAGUUCCAGAACCUGUAUCAGGCACAGACAGCAAAGUGGAAAAUCCUGACAGUAGUACAAAUUUUGUAAGGAGGGCUAUUUAUCUUCCUUCUCGAUCACUGCUACUGUUAUCGGGGGAGGCACGAUAUGCUUGGCAUCAUUACAUUCCGCACCAUAAGAUUGACCUAGUUAAGGAUAGUGUGGUCAGAAGGGGUUCAAGGAGAGUGUCCUUCACAUUCCGUAAGGUUAGGAAAGGGCCUUGCAAAUGUGAAUUUCCUCAAUGCUGUGAUUUGCAGAGAUAAAGCGGGGCGGUUUGCAUGCUGAUUUGAGAUGGAUUAUGGGAAGUGUAUAACUCUGUUAAACAAGCAAAUGGAAUUCUGAAGGGGAAAGACACUUUGGAACAACAAGAUCAUAUGAGUUGAAAAAUUCUGAUUGUUCACAAACUAGAGUUAGGUUGAUUAAGCAACGAUCUCUGGAACAAUAGAGGUGGAAAAAUUGGGAUCGUUAGACAUAGGCUGUUACGGAUUGGUGUUUCUGUUCCUCACCAACAAAAAGAAAAACCUUUCGUGCGGUGACUAAAUAUUGUUUCGUGGAAAACUUGUUGCAUAGUGGUGCGGAGGACGUACCUUGGUUUAGAACCAUUCACAAUUUAUGUGAUAUUUUAACAUAGAUACACGGAUUUCUUUUCUUUUAUGUUUUUGUAAAUGUAAGAACCUUAGUACAUGUCCAUGGGGGAAAUUUACCUGCAUUAUAUUUCUUGCAGAGUGAUCAUUUUUUAGUUA